AUGGGUCCGGUGGUGCUCAGCCAGUUAGCCACCGGUCUCAGCGUGCUCGCCGGAGCGGUCAUCGUCAAAUCGGUGAUGGACCAGAAGCCCAUGGCCGGCCCAUUCACCCGCUGCCCCACCUGCAACGGAACCGGUCGAGUCACCUGCCUCUGUUCGCGUUGGUCCGAUGGCGAUGUCGGAUGCUCCACGUGUUCCGGGUCGGGUCGCAUGGCCUGCAGCAGUUGCGGCGGCUCCGGCACCGGUCGACCCCUGCCGGCCAAAAUCGCGAUUCGCCCCCCCAACCGCCCCUCUUAA